GGCUGCGACGAUUGUGCGCUCUUAACUAAUCCUGAGUAAGGUGGCCACUUUGACAGUCUUCUCAUGCUGCCUCUGCCACCUUCUUGGUCAGAAGACACCAUUUCAACUUUAACCCAGCAUGAUAGAAACAUACAGCCAGCCUUCUCCCCGAUCCGUGCCUACUGGGCUGCCCAUGAGCAUGAAAAUUUUUAUGUAUUUACUUACUGUUUUUCUCAUCACCCAGAUGAUUGGGUCGGUGCUUUAUGCUGUGUAUCUUCAUAGAAGACUGGAUAAGGUAGAAGAGGAAGCAAGCCUUCAUGAAGAUUUUGUAUUCAUCAAAAAGCUACAGAGAUGCAUGAAAGGAGAAGAAUCCUUGUCCUUGCUGAACUGUGAGGAGGUGAGAAGGCGAUAUGAAAACCCUGUCAAGGAUAUAAUGUUAAACAAAGAAGAGAAAAAAGAAAACAUCUAUGAAAUGCAAAAAGGUGAUGAGGAUCCUCAAAUUGCAGUACAUGUUGUAAGUGAGGCCAACAGUAAAACAGCAUCUGUUCUACAGUGGGCCAAGAAAGGAUAUUAUACCAUGAAAAACAACUUGGUAACGCUCGAAAAUGGGAAACAGCUGACCAUUAAAAGACAAGGACUCUAUUAUGUCUACACCCAAGUCACCUUCUGUUCUAAUCAGGAACCAUCGAGUAAAGAUCCAUUUUUAGUCAGCCUCUGUCUGAAGUCCACUAGUGGAUCUGAGAGAAUCUUACUCAGGGCGGCAAAUACCCACAGUUCCUCCAAGCCCUGCGGCCAACAGUCCGUUCACUUGGGAGGAGUAUUUGAAUUACAAGAAGAUUCUUCUUUGUUCGUCAACGUGACUGAUGCAAGUCAAGUGAUCCACGGAAUCGGCUUCACAUCUUUCGGCUUGCUCAAACUCUGAACAGUGUGCCGCCCUAGGCUGCAGCAAGGCUGCUGCUGGCAGUCUUCCCUAUAGAGCCCAUCAGUUAGGACCCGCCCCCUGUUGAACUGCCUAUUUAUAACCCUUGGACCCUCCUCAUGGAGAACUAUUUAUUAUGUACCCCAAGGCACAUAGAGCUGAAAUAAGAGAAUGACAGGGCAGGCAAAAUCCUAACGGACCCUGCUCCCUAAGAGCUUGUAUUCUGAAACAGCAACUCUACUGAUGUAUACAACCAGAGAGCCCUAGGAAAAGACAAAGCCAUACUGCACAGAUGACAGAGCUCGGGUGAAACAGUAGAUAAUUGACCAAGCUCAGUUGUGUUGAUUAUGAGUGUGUCUUUCAGUGGACAGUGCACUUGACUUACCAGGAAAGAUGCAGAAGGGCAAGUGUGAGCCUUAGCUCACAAUCUGUUAUGGUUGACUUGGGGUCCCUGUGGCCCCAAUAGGCCAGUUUCUAAACUCUCCCAAGGAGAACUGAGAAACUCUGCCUCCAUCUUCCCCCAACACCCAACGCUCAGUCUUUCAAUCUCUCCAAUCUCUCUCUCUCUGUCUCUCUCUGUCUCUGUCUCUCUCUCUCUCUCUCUCUCUCUCUCUCUCUCUCUCUCUCUCACACACACACACACACACACACACACACACACACACCUCACACACAGAGUCAUGCUGUUACUGACUGGUUCUCUUAUUAGUUACCCUGCCCCUGUCUACAGGACGGGCAGGGCAGGGUAGACAACAGCUUCUGGCCUGCCCAUUCCUCCUCUUGGAAUGACUGUAUUUAAUGGAAUCUGUUGUAGCUCCCUGCAGUCUUCAUUGUUUCUGUAGUGAACUUAAUGAUUAUGUUAUUAUUUAUUUUUAAAUAAUAAAGAGUCUUUACCAUU